AUGCCUUGCAAGCCGUACCGGCAGAAACUCCUAGAGGGUGUGGAAACAACACUCGUUGCAUCCCUUUGGAAGAUGAAAAUCAUUGAACAGAAAUCUAAGGCCAUCCUAACAAACCCAUCACAUCAGCUCAGCUUCAAUCUUCUGAUCACAGCAAUUCUCCUGAUCAAGAAAAUCCUCUUGAAAAACCUCCUCCUUGUCAAUUUGAAUGUUGCUCUAGUCACCUUUCAACUGAGGAAAUCGGCGAUCAUCCUUCAUUCCAUCAUGGUCAAGAACAAGUUGAACGGGUGGAAGAAUCAAGUCUCAAUAGUCCUCAACUUGAUUGAUGAGGUAUCUUUGGCUCAAUACUCAGUCCCCAGGAUCCCUCGGCCCUGA